AUGGACCUUUCAGGCCCACUGGAGUGCAGCCAUGCAUCCUAUGAUUAUGUGGCCAAGAUGCUGGAGCAAGGUACACCAAUGUAUUUGGAACCUCACAGGUUCACAACCAGAUCUGCAGAGGUCGCAAGGGAGAGGCCCGGCAAAGAACUGGUAUUGGACCAGACACACCUUACGGUCAAAGAGGUGGAGAACAAAGACAAGUGCCCUAUGCAAGGGGAACUUCAGGUCUUCCAGGCCUUGACCAGACGCUCCCUGGCCUGUGACCUCAUGGGCGUGUGCACCUUUCGAACAAUGGAGAGGUGGCAUCGUUUCCUCAUGGACAGCAUGCAGAUUGCAGCGCCUCCUGGGUACAAAUCUGCAACCAUUGAACAGAUCCUGCGAGCAGAUCGAGCAGGAUGGAUCAGACUUGCAGAGCGCAUUGACACCUUGCGCCGUGCCCCAGACGGUUCAUUGCCCCUCGACAGGGCCAUUGAGGAGUGGCGCACAGACCCAAAUGUGGUGUUUCACAUGAUGCCACUGCCCAUGCCCAAAGUGCAGGAGAAGUCAACUCCAACCAAACCAGCAAAGAAAGACUCACCUCAGAAAUCCCAAGGUGGUCAGGGCAAAGGACGCGGCAAAGGAAAGGGCAAAGGCAAGAACAACAAAGGCAAGAUGCCUCUCGAACUUGUUGGAUUCAGCCAGACCACCAAGUCAGGCAAACGUGUGUGUUACAACUACAAUUUGGCCAGAAGUUGUCCCUAUGCGGAGCCCAACAAGGAGUGCAGCAAGGGGAUGCACGUGUGCAUCAAGUGCGGAGGGACUGGAGGCCUUACUGCAGCCAUCCGGCACAUUGGGCUAGCACACAGCAUAGGAGUUGAUGCCCACGUGACAAAGCGGGUGAAAUCCCCAGUCGUCCGAUUGGACUUGACCUCUGAACAUGGGCUUGCGCUUCUGUGGCGCAUUUUGCAGCAGGAUAAUGUUGCAGCAGUACACCUUGGACCUCCUUGCGGCACCAGUUCCAGAGCCAGGGACAUCCGCCGCAGGUUUGGCAGUGACCCCAAACCGCUGCGAUCAGUUGCACACCCCGAUGGAUUGCCCUGGCUACAAGGCCUUGACCCAAAGAGGGUAGCAUCGGCGAACACCCUCUAUGACAUCACAGGCCAAAUCUUUGGUGUUGCAUAUGCCAAAGUUUGCUAUCACUUGUUUCUGCAACAUGGAGCCCUGGCAGUACCACAGCAAAUGGACCACGAUGCUGUCCAACUUACUCAAGCCAGCCGCGCAGCCUUGGGAACACAACCCCGUGGCAAGAAGCUCAAACCGCUGGUACGAGAGUUUGCAGCCAAGGUGACCAUUCAGGGCCCACAAGCGUGCCUUGCAGCCCUCCCAGACAAAUGUACUUCCGAUGUCACCUUGCCUACAACUUGCACUCCCAGCUUUGCAUUGCCUUUGUUGCCCAGACAUGCAACAAGACUCCAACCUCCGAUGCCAAUGGGGGAUAGUGCGGACCUUGGAAAUUGGACUACCAAAUAUGGGACUGCGUGGAAGCCAAAUGAAUUUAUCCAACAAGCAGCUGGGUUGUCACACCCUGGACACUUCAUGGAUGGCGUCCAUCCUGCGAUGGUCGAGCUCUUUGACAGAUUGGCGCAGAAAUCAACAGCCACUCCAGCCCUGGAAAGAUCAGCACAAAUGCGCAAGUGGCUGCUCAGAGCUCAAGAACUUCGUGACCAAGGUGUGGACGGUCUGGAACAAUCCCCAUCACAUAUCAGGCGCAUCCUGAAGGGCAAAAACAUGCAGCUCUUCGAUGAAAUGAACAAGGCGGCAGGAUCACCAGAUGUCAAUUUGGCCUCCAACGUGUGCAAAGGUUUUGACCUUAUGGGGACCAUUCCUUCAGGUGGAAUUUUCCCUUGCAAAUACACCCAUGCAACCUUGACACCUGAACAAGUGAGAGGCAUGGCCAAACUCUCAAAACAGGCCACAUGGAGGGCAACAGGGAAGUGCAAGGGCCAAAACCUUGCAGCAGAGGUGUACAAGGCAACUUGUGAUGAAUGCGAAAAGGGGUGGCUGUACUCACCAGAAGGUUUGGCAUCCAACAGUCUGCCACUCUGGGCGAUGGGAGUCGUGUCUACAAGACAAGACCAAUUGAUGACUUCUCCGAGCAAACCAGCCUGUGGCAUUCCAAUCUCAGGUGCUCCCUUUUGGGCAAGAGCAGCGGUCAUGGGAUUCUGCAGAGUAUCCUACGCACUCUGGUUGAUAGGAGUUGCCCUCUUCAAUCUGCAUUGGACAGUCUUCUUUGAUGAUUUUUACUUGAUAGCCUCUGAGCAAGAGCGAAGGCACAUUGACCUUGCACAGGGCGUCUUGUUUCAACUCCUGGGUUGGGAAGUGUCGUCAGAGAAGGGCGCCGAUUUUGAUGCCGUGGCUCGUAUCCUUGGGGUCCAGAUUGACCUGAGUGAAUCAAAUAUUGGUGUCUUCACGGUGUGCAACGUUGAUGCCAGGGUCAAAGAACUAGUGGCGACAAUUGACCACAUCCUCUCACAACGAACCCUGUCAGCAGCUGAGAUGAGAGUGCUGAGGGUAGGUUGGUCUUUGCAGAAGCUCAAAUCUUCGGAAGGAUUGCAGGGCUACAUAUGCAACAGCUGGGAAGAUGGGAGCAUGCAGUUGGUUGUCACUGAACACCAAGUGGCUCUUUUGAAUCCACGGCACAAAGAGACAAUUAUCUUUGAGCUGGAGGCGCUUGCAGUCCUAUGGGAGUACAGCACUAACUCCGUGUGUUGGUAUGAACGUGUGCCGUCGGCAGCCAAUGUGGCAGAUGGGCCUUCACGUGGUGACAAAUCAGACCUUGAAUUGAAUCUUGAAAUUUUGGUAGAAGUCAGCGAUGUGCUGCACGCUCUCAGUUUGGCGUCUCCCUGA